AUGAAGAAAAAGAAGCAUCAGAAAGCUCAGGAGGGAGAUAUAGAACCAUUUAAUCAUGCACGUCGACUGGGAUCAACACUUCCUCUGACAAGAUUUCAUCAACAUAUAGAAAAGCCAUCAUCUGAAAUGAUACCGUCUUUUACGCUGGGAGACAUGAUUUUAUCACUGAAAGAAGGAAGUGAUGAGAGUGCUAGAGCAACACUUCAUGAAGCAUUUGGAGAUUGCUACAGUUAUGAGAAAUUCCAAGAGAACAACUCUGACAAAAUGGAUGAAGUAGAUAGUGAUGUAUGUAUGAGUAGUGAAGGGGAAUACAGGUAUGAGAGUAGCUCUUAUGGGAAAAAUUGGGAGUUUUCGGUCUCUAGAAGUCUUAAACAACAAAAGCAUCCGAAGCUUCAGUCUCACAAUAACAAAGCAUCAUUUAGUCACAAAGAAAAUACAAAUCUUUCGCAUCCAGUUAUUUCAAACGGUGUAUUGUUGCCUAAUCAUCAUCCUCAUGUUGUUAAUGCAUGUGUCUCGGAAGAAAUUGUUUGUAAAGAUUUCUCUUUUAGUAAAAAAACAUCAAAAAAGCAUUUAUCAUCAUUGGUUGCAAAGUUUCAUAGUUCUUUGAAAGAAAAAGAUUUUCUUAGUGUUUCGGAAAGAAAAGAAAAAAAAAAUAAAGUUUAUAUACCAAAAAUAUGUGAAGAUAAAGUUAUUGAUAAUGAGUUAUUAUCUGAUUCAGAUCUUUAUGAUAAUGAUGACGGUAUAUUUCAUUUUGAUAAAGAAUAUUCAUCUUCUUUGCAGUCUAUUAAAGGAUUGAAUGAAAAAAAUAGAAGAAAUACGAUUGAUAAAAUCAAAUCAGAUGUCGAAGACGAAAAAACAUGUACUAUUAUUAUUGAAGAAAAAAAUCCUCGAAUAUCUACUUGUUCUAAAAUAGAAGUUUCUCCAUAUAGUGAUAAUGAAGAAGACUUAUUUUUAACGGAAGAUUUUCAAGAUGAAAAUCCUUAUAUACCAUUAUUUAAAACACAAUCAUAUGAAAGAUAUAGUUCAUCUGAUGAUAUUUGGAACUGCUAUAGUUCAUCAUUUGCAUCAUUUGUUUCUGAUGCAAAUGAUAUAACAGAUAUAGACCGAGUUCCAAAUAAAUAUUUUUUUCACAAUGAUCCUAGCAUAUCAGAUCAAAAAGGCGAUACAACAGAUGAAGAUCAGAAUUUUAUAAUGAAAAAAAUUACUCAAAAAAAACAAAAUGAAUGUAAUGCACCUAAUGAUGCCACAGAAAAAGAAAUUUCAUGUUUUGUAGAAGUUACUAACUGCACUUUACCUUCUCAUGAUCCUAAAACAUCUAUAUUAACUAAGGAAAAUAAUUUAGAACCAAAUCAUGUUUUUACAACUGCAUCUUCAACAAUCUCAAAAUCCACAACUCCUAACAUAAUAAAUAAACCUCCAUUAUUGGGAACUUGGACUCGUGAUUUAAGAAGGCCAAUGGGUAUUAUUGAUGGUACCUGCACUAAUAUAAUCGAUCCAACAACAUCACCCUGUACUAUCUUAUCACCAGAAUCAACUAAUUUUUCUCCUUCAUCUAUUCCAAGUUUAAAUGAUAUAUUGGAUACAUCUGCAUUUGUUCAGCUUUCGUCUUCAAACUCUUCUUCAUCUUCUAUUACUAAAAGUUAUUUGUCAGAUUUUUAUCGCUGGGAUAGAAUUCCUAUAGGGACAUUUCGUCGUCAUCAACAAAGAUUUACAAAUACACGUGAAGAACUUAUAAAAGGAGAAUGGUAUGUACUAACAAGUAAAUCAAGACGACAACAAAGCAAUGUUCCAAUUUUGGGGACUACUAUUUGUCGCAAGAAAAAAAGACUACGAAAACAAAAAUAUAAAAAUAAAUUAAAAAACAACAUUGAAUUAUUUGAAGAAGAAGAAGAAAUCGGAAAAGAACAAUGUGGUCUUGGUCUUGGCCCACAACUAAGCCCUCUUUUUAACGGAUUAUCUUGA